AACGCCAUCUAUCUAUAUAUCAACUAUGAAGUUCAGCGGCUCCACCACGCUCGCCAGCAUCGUCUGUAGCGCGAUGAUUCCCGUCGCGUCCGCCCAGCUGGGCAUCUCCUGCCUCGCGACCGUCAGCGCAUUGACCGAGCUGCCCGGCCGAUUCAUUGAGCACCUGCAGCGUGAAAGCUGCGCCGCUGGCUGCCAUCCCACUCCACAAACGUGGAACCACGUCAUCAAGGAACAUAUCAUCGGCGAAUUGGUGGAAGAUGGCGCGGACUACUGCGACGCCCACGACACCAAAGAGGCCUUCACUGCCUUUUUGGACAAGCUGGUGUUCGACACUGCCGAGAAGUGCCAGGACAAGCUCCAGGACAAGCACCUGUGCCAUGACCGUGAAGCCGUGCAGCCUUUCGUCGACUGUGUCGACAGACACGCGCAGUCUGCAGUCGCCGGCUCUCUCCCUAGCCUUGUCCGCUUCCUGAAUGAGGAGCGAUGCAAGAAAGCCACCGAGUAUUUCACCGGUGAUCAACUGUGGGAGAGGGAUUUCCCCGAGCAUAUCAAGGAUUUGACUCGUGCCUUGCCGUGGGAAGCCAUAAACUUUUUAGGGUCCACUGUCCACUGUCCACGCAACGCGCAAACCAACAAAUCUCAGAGAUACAGCUGUAAAAAGCCCUAG